CACCCGUUUGCUGUGUGUUCACUUCCUCACUCUUGAAAUAGGAAAACGUGAACUUAAAAACAAGAAGCGGGUUAGUGCAGGAGACAUCAUCACCCAGAAGAGUUCGUCAGCAUAAGAUCAAAAUGGACAUCCAUUACGUCAUUCUCAUUUUUUUCUAUGGACAACUGUGGUGUAGCCCCCUUUCUGCUGAGAUCAAGGGGACACCAACAUUUUCCCUUCCAGCCACUUUCCAGGCACCCACCACUGUAAGAACGGACCUCAGGGACAAAGACACUGUCAAAAAUGAAGGGCCACCAGUGCCCACUGUUACACCCACUACAGCACAAGAAAACAAAUCUCAAGAUGGGCACAUAAUAGGGGCAGUGGUGACUGGUAUUAUCUUGGUGGGUAUGAUAGUUGCCAUUGUCAGCAUCUUCCUAUGGAAGAGGUUACGGAGGACAGAUCUUGCAGAUCCACACUGGGCCGGCCGUUCCCCAUUUGCAGAUGGAGACGCGAUAGAAAUCGCCACCGACAAAGAACUCAUGCAAAGCUCAAAGCGCGCCUCCAUCCUCUCUGUCUUGCCUUGGAAGUUUACGAAGAACACACUGCUGCUGGAAAACGUUGAGGGUCCACCAUCUGAACCCGCGCAAAGCCUGAGUGAUCCAUCUGCAAAUGGGGCUGAUAAAAGAAGCAGCCAGUCGAGCCCCACGGCAACAGAGAAUUCCAGUUCUUCUUCAACAAGCCUGCAGACUCCGGCCUCGUGUGGACCAAGCAGCCUGACCAACAUUCCACUCCCGCCGGGCGAUCUCUUCCCAGAACUCGCCAACCUGCCCCCUCCACCCAGCUGGGUUGGUGAAGUCAGUGAGGACCCCUGUCCAAACGGCCCUGGGCCUUUUCCAUUUCAUCUGCCUGCAGAGGCGCUGUGUCCAGCACCACCUGACCCCUCUUGUGGAAAUCCAGAGGAGGCAUCGCCACUCCCGCUGCCACCUAAAGAUUUUUUCUGA